AUGGGUUCUACUACACAGGCGAAUACCGAUGGCGAUGGCGAUGGCGAUGGCAAUGUGCACUCGCAUGCGCCGCCCGAUAAACCCGAACCCAGCCCGGGUCAUGCAGAGUCGGCCUCCGAGUCGUUGACGCCAACGCCAACGCCAACUGCAUCCGGCUCCGAGCUCGCUGUCGCUGUCCGGCAGCGCCGCAGACCCAUACCGAGAAAGGGUCACACCAAGUCACGUCGGGGCUGCUUCAACUGCAAGCGGAGGAAGGUCAAGUGCCAAGAGAACCUCCCCGAGUGCUCCAACUGCGUCCGCUUCGGCCUCGUAUGCGAGUACCCCCAGACCCUCUCACCCCCCUCAGCACCUCUCCAGUCGACACCGACCCUAUUCACUCCGGACGACAUGCGCUUUUUCCACCAUUUCCUCCUCAAUGCCUACCCGCCUCUUCCCAUCCUGGCCGACGACCUGUGGAGGAACGUGGCAUGCUUGUCGCACAGCUACGACUACCUGAUGCACGCCAUGCUUGGCCUGGCCGCCUCGCACCUGGACCUCUACGGCGGCAACUGUGCUGCGCAAGCGCUCGCCCACCGCGUCAAGGCCAUCCAGUCCCUGAACCAAGCUCUCAGCCGGCCCUGCAGUUCAGCUGCCGAGGGCGACGCCAGGUUCGCCGCCAUGAUCACGCUGACAUUCCAAGCCUCGUGCAUGCCCGAGGGCAUGACCGAGUUCCUGUCCAUGGCCAGGGGCAUCCACGUCAUCGCCAACACGGCCACGAUUACCCACGAUGGCUCGCUUUUCUAUGCCUUCGCCCAGGAAGGCUACCCCCACAGCGUGAGGCGCCUCAUCGGGACCCCCCCGGUCAGGCUCGACGCCUACUGGGGGAGUCUGAUUGACGACUUUUCCCAGUCGCUGCGCGCUCUCGCGCCGCUCUGCACCAGCUCCCUCGAGGUCAAGUUCUUGGCUGCCAUUGAGCGCAUCGUCAAGAUAGCCAAGACAUCCCCCGCCGAAGCCUUUGCCGAAUUCACCAGCCAGUACUCCCUGCUCAACCACGCCAGCAACGAAGAGUUUGCGCCCUUUGUGGAUCCGGAAAACUACUCGGCCCAGCUCCUUCUCAUCCACUUUGUGCUCAUCGAGUUCGCCCUCGGCCACAUUUCUCUGGGGAACCUCAGGUUUCGCUUCGCCUACCGCAGGAGGGCGUGCAUCGCCUGGAUGGAGCGCCUUGCCGCUGGGUUGCCCGACCAGUACAAAAAGUACGCCCAGUGGCCAAUGGACUACGCCCGGAGACUGGCCACGAUGCGGCUAGGCCCCCCGACCUCAAGUUCGAGCCCGUCUCCGCCCCCAGGUGCCUCCUCAGGAAGUCAGCAGAUAGCUCCGCCUGGUGGUCGCUAA